AUGGUCAUCAGUGUUACCCCUACCAACGUCGCACUGGCAGGCAUUGCCGCGGCCUCUGGCUUUCUCGGAUUUAGCCUCUUGCGCAUUCUAGUCCGUCCUCUGUUCUCUCCGCUGCGCUACAUACCGGGACCUCCCGGCGGCUCCCUCCUCAAGGGACAUGCAGAUGCGUUUUGGGAACCGCGGAAGGAGUCCAUCAUCGAGGAAUGGAUUGCGAAAUACGGACACGUGCUCAAGUUCAAGAAUUUCUUGAACAGCGAUCAGCUGCUGAUCUUGGACACCCGUGCUAUUCAAUACGUACUGAACACCGCGGCGGACGACUACGUUAAGUCGCCGGAAAUCAUCUUCGUGGUCCAGGAUCUCCUCGGAGUAGGUGUCCUUUUGACAGAAGGGGAACAACAUCGGCGGCAGCGUAGAAUCCUGAAUGCAGCUUUCGGACCUGCUCAGAUACGGGAUCUAACAGAGAUCUUCGUGCAGAAGGCCACGCAACUUCGUGACGGUAUUUCUCACCAAAUCGCCGGGCACGAGAGCGGGGCGCGCGUGGACGUGUUAGACUGGAUGAGCAAAGCGACCCUCGAUAUCAUCGGUGCUGCCGGAUUCAACUAUGACUUCGACGCCCUCGACCUCAGCAAAGGUCCAAAUGAGCUCAAUGUCGCGUUCACGACGGUGUUCGAGUCAACCCAGAAGUUCUCCUGGGGGCUACUCCUACAGUCAUUCAUCCCUGCGACGCGCUUUAUCCCCUCCAAAAGCCUGCGGCUGAUGCGCCGAGCCAAAGCCACGAUGGAUAGGCUUAGCCUCAAACUUGUUCGUGAACAGCGAGAAGCGCUCCUUCGUGAGAAGAACGACGCAGCCAUCGGGAAGGAGGCGAUUCAGACCCGCGACCUGCUCAGCCUGCUCAUCAAAGCCAACAUGGCCAGCGACAUUCCGGAGAGCCAGAGAAUGUCAGAAGAGGAGGUACUUGGACAAAUUCCUACUUUCCUAGGUGCCGGACACGACACUACUGCCAAUAGCACAUCGUGGUGUUUAUAUCUUCUGGCAUGUCACCCGGACAUCCAGAAGAAGCUUCGCGAAGAGCUUUUGAGCAUUGAUACCGACUCGCCUUCCAUGGACCAACUGAGUUCGCUGCCCUUCUUCGAUUCUGUCAUCAGAGAGUCGCUCAGGGUCCUAGGGCCCGUGCCCUCGGUCCUCCGCGUAGCGCGGAAGGACGAUGUCAUCCCGCUGGAGAAGCCCUACGUUGACACGCGAGGGCGUAUCUGCUCUGAAGUCCGCGUUCAGACAGGGGAUACGAUAUUCGUCCCUAUCAUAGCGAUGAACACGUCCACUAGCAUCUGGGGAGCGGAUGCGAAAGAGUUCCGACCGGAAAGGUGGGGGUGCGUUCCGGACAAGGCUAGUGCUGUACCUGGUAUAUGGAGCAAUCUGAUGACUUUCCUCGCCGGCCCUCAUCACUGCAUCGGAUACCGAUUCUCGCUCAUUGAGAUGAAGGCGCUGCUGUUCGCUCUCCUCCGCGCCUUCGAGUUUGAGCUUGCCGUUCCGCGCGAAGAUAUCAUGAAGGUCUAUGCCCAACUAGUGACAAAGCCCAUGGUCGCUACAGCGGACCAGGAGAAACAGACUCAGCUUCCAUUCAUAGUCAAACCCUUCCACGCUGGUUGA